GAUCAACUCUAGAAUAUCAUUCAGUACCGAGUUUACUGUGAGUGAAGUGAGCAUAUAAUAAUAUAAUAUGAUUGCUGUUUCAAUAACUUUUUUACUGCUGUUGAGUGCAGCGUAUGCUGAGUUCUACCAUGGAGUAGACCCUAAUUCAUUGGAAUGUGACCCGCGGGGUGAGGUGUUUCUCCUACUACCGCACUUCACUAACUGCUCUAAGUUCUUCACAUGCGUCCACGGUGCAGAAGUAGAAAUGGAAUGUGCACCUGGGACGAUUUUCGACUUUCCUUUGCAGACUUGUAAUCAUCUUUGGGCAACUGGGUGUCACCUUCGUGAGAAAAAUGAAAUUGAUGGUUCUGGCGAGGAAGAGUUCGUUGGCUUCUCACAACAACUGGAGACUCCUCUCUCUGGAGUGGUUUCACGCAGUGCAUCCGCGUCACCAUCUGAUGCUCUUCUGAAAUGUAACGACGCAGAAUCUGCAUCAAGUCGAUUACCCUAUAUCGGAGAUUGCCAGCGAUACGUGCGCUGUUCCAACGGGUCUCCCCAGACUCUGUACUGCUCGGAUGGUCUCUUCUUCAACGCCCACACGCAGCAAUGUGAUUUCGAGGCCAAUGUUAAAUGCACGGAUGAGCAGUUAGAUGAACUGGGAAGCGAGUUCAUUGUCUACAAAUGAGCGACAAAGAAAAUCAACGGAUGCCUUAGCUUAUAAAAUGAACUGCAUAUUAUCAUAGCCUUCAAAUAAACCAUAAACCAAUUUUGAUUUGUCAAGAGGUGCGUUAGCUAGUGGUAUAAUAUUCAUAUUACAUUUAUUUCAUUCAUUUAAAUACUAGGGUUGGGUGGCAUCAUAUUAGCUGUUAUAGUUAAGGUUAAAGUUAAAGUCAAAUUUAACGUUAACACUAACGCUGUCCUUAACAUAGACUGCGGAAUGUGUUGCACCACAGUACUCCUUGGCAUAGUUAAAGUUAAAAAGUGACAUAUCAUAGUACAAGAUCCCACUGCUCAAUUCUACAGGUAUGUGUUUUUUUUGAUAAAACUAAUUUGAAAUGAAUGUUGAGGGGGUUUGCAAUGUAUUAGUGAUAGGUUAUAAUUAAUGGCUGUAAUUAAUUUAUUUUUUGAUGAUAAAUUGCAACUAUAUGUUUUUUUUAAACAAAUCUUAUGUUAUUUUAAAAGAAAUUACGUAAACAAUUGAAAAAAAUAUGUAUUCCAGCUCUCAGUAUACUAUUAUUGUUGAUUAUUUUCAGUCACUUGCUUUUUCUUUUAAUUUUGAAAAAUUGCAGUUUUAUAUUUACUAUUUACAAUAAACCAUGGUUGCCAGUUAAAAAUGGCCAUUUAAAAUUAGUUUUAUUAAAAUAAUCCAUACCUGCAGAAUCAAGCAGUGAUCUCUUAGUUUUCAAAUAAAUAUUCAGUAUUUAAGUACUUGAUUUUCACUUUUUAACUUUAGCUUUAACUAUGCCAAGGUAUGCGACGGUGUAACACAGUGUUAAAGUCAGCGUUACUGUUGAGGUUACAUUUGACUUAAACUUAAACAGCUAUAACAGCUAAUAUGAUGCAACCCAUCGUAAGGAGCGACCUGCCAAUCAAAAUCUGUAACAGCUAUAGAUUCGCUUACCUUUUCUAUGUCUACUAAAAAUAUUCUUCUCUCUCGCACUAUAAUGUCUAUACGUAUAUAUAUUGUAAGUCUAUGCAUAUUAAAUACCAACGUAAUCGGCACCCUACCGAAAUUCGAUAAGAAAAAGAGAUUCCCUCGAUUGUAUGAAACGUGCAGUCAUUGAUAGAUUGACAGAUGACGUAGAUAAUCAUGUAAAAAUACGGAUUUUACGUCAAAUGACUGCACGUUUCAUACUAAAUAAAAUUUCAAUGUUUACUUAGGCAGCCCCGCCUCUUAAUACGUAGUAUUUACAUACUCUUUGGUAAUCGGAGCAAUUUAAAGGGAUUUGUCGAGUCAUUAUAGUAUAUCUAUAUAUCUCUGGUCUAUGACUUUUCCAAAAGGUCUGCCUACAUAAACAAAAUUAUUUUAAUUUCGAUUUACUUGAUCGGCGAUUCAUCCCUGGACACGAAGCAAGCAAUCUGUACCAAUAAUAUUUAUAAUAAAAUUUUUUAUACCAAUUGUUAAA